UAGUCCUCUAAAUCUGCCCGGAAGUGAAGGGACCCCAUUCAACACUGACCAUCACUCACUGUGUGACGGCGAUUAAGAAUAACGCAGUUUAGGCGAUUCUCUCUUGAAAAGGAAAAAAAAACCAUGGUUCAUGUAUUCAUCAUUGGAAUAACUUGUUUGAUGGCGUGCUUUUCAGUUGCAGGUGGAUUCAGCUGUGAUAUAGAGAUGUGUUUAAGAGCUGCUGGAUUAAGUGUACUUAGUAUCAAAGAUAACAUUAGCUGUGCGAAACUUGCAGCAGUGUAUCCCUGUAUUCUGAGCCAAAAGAGCGCAUGCGCGGGUGAAAUAACGUACGAUGCUUAUGAGAGGUAUAUUCCAGAUUAUGAAGCAAGAUGCGGCCCACUAGAUUUCCGAGAUGUUGGAAACUCGGUAUUUCCAGAACUUUGGAUCCUCCUCCCAGUUGUCUUUAAAUUGCUGGCGGCCAUUGAUUUCUAAAACCAACAUACUCUUUAUACAGAACAUUCCAAAACUGUAAAUGACAUUUGUUUCUAUAACGAAAACCCAAGCAUUUUCUAACGUGUCUAAAUCGCAGGGUUGUUAUUCCAUCACAGAUUGAGAUGUUCCAUGGCUAUUUAGAUCUUCCAGAUAUCAUAAACAACAUCUGCCUUUGACAGAAUAUUUGAGGAAUUACCAUUUUAUGUAGUAUAAAUGGACCUGCUGAAAAUGGUUGAAAUUAUUAUUUGUAAAUAAUAUAUUUGUAAAUAGUUGUAUAUACGUGCAUGAUUAUCUGUUUGUGUUUGCAGUUAUUCUAUUUAAAGUUUUGUACUGAUUAAAGAAUUUUUGAAUGCA